AUGUCUCUUAAGAAGUCGCUUGCUGUUGCAGCCACCAUCGUGGUGGCCGUCUUUGGAGCCGCUCUUCGCGAGUUCGAGGAAUGCGGCACGGAAGAGCCGGGCCCAGAGAUGCGCGUCGUCGCUGCCCAGAUGGCUGCUGAUGAGCGAGCCGCAUCGGCCGUUAAAGUCGACGCGAAGCGUGCUUCCGACAUUGACAUCCCUACCUACAUCCACGUCGUCUCAUCCUCCAAAAGCGAGUCCGACGGCAACAUUCCCGACUCCACGGUCAAUGCCGCCAUCUCCUCCAUGAACGACGGCUACAGUGGCAGCGGCUUCCAGUUCUCCGUCCAAAAAAUCACCCGCACCGUCAACGCCGACUGGUCUAACAACAAGAACCUCGAGACCAUGAAGUCCAAGCUGCGCCAGGGCGACUUCCGCACCCUCAACAUCUACAUUGUCCCCAAGCUCGUCACCUCGGACGGCGUCGGCCUCAACGGCCAGUGCACCUUUCCGUUCCGCUCGCCGAAAAAUGUGCCCCAGGACGGCUGCAUCGUCCGCACCGGCGCGUACAGCAACGAGCAGACCACACCGCACGAGGUCGGCCACUGGCUCGGCCUGUACCACACCUUCCAGGGCGAGACGGACACCAAGUCGUGCGAUACGACAAACGACUAUGUUGAUGACACGCCGGCGAUGAAGAUGACGCGGGGCUGUGAUACGGACUCGGACACAUGCCCGGGGGGCGGCAAGGACCCGGUGACCAACUUUAUGAGCUACAAUAGCUGCCGCACCGUCUUUACCAGCGGCCAGCAUGACCGCAUGAACAGCAUGUACAACAAGUACCGCGCUUAG